AUGAGAUCUCUACAAUGUUUCCUCGUUCUCUUGGUCAUUGGGGCUUCAGUCGGUUUCGUAGUCGACACAUCGCUUUAUCAUCCAGCCCUUCUGAAGUUCUUUAACGAAAACGUUGAUAAGCUUAUACAGGGAUUGAAGGGUGUAGAGAGCCAGGAUGAUCCAACAAGCCAACCUGCAUUCAUAGUAAGUUAAAUGGUCAGUUUUAAGUGCCGCUCUCGACUUCCUUUCGAAAAAACAGUUUUCUUUUCUUUUUUUCCCAUGAAAAGGAUCUAGGACACAUCUUUCAAAAUUAUUUUAGUUGUUCUCAAAAUGCGGGCUCAAAUCAGGCUAAAAAAUCACAUCGGGCAUAGUUAAUGAUCCAAUGAAGUCACUGACUGCCUCAAACCCGCCGUAUCUCUCUAGUUUUCAUCCACCGACAUCUUAAAAACAAACCAAAUCAAAUAGAACGUCAAUACGUUGAGAAAAAACUUAAAGAAAGAUGAAACGGAGGGGGGGGGGGAAACGAGGUUAGUUCAGUAUGGAGGAGAUUAAUAAGGAAAGAUGCACUAACUGCUGAUUACAAAACUAAACCUGGAUCGACAGCUCUGGGUUUGGAUGCGCGCCUCUUACCUAGCAGUGUGAUAAGUCAAUUCAUAUGUUUUUGGACAUGAUUCUUGACUUUUUCGCUGUCUCUGUUUAAAUGACUGCAGUUAGAUUUCAUCAAAAUUACCAGAUGAAAGCACUGCUAACCAUGCUCCCAUUUACAGACUGAUUGUGAACAGAAAUUCGGAGAAUGUGAACUUGACGCAGAAACUGAUGCCUGUAAACGAUUGGAGUGCAUGAAGAAUUUUGGAGUAUGUCUUAAAACUGACCUGUCGUCCGAGAAAUCGUCCACGCCUCCUCCAAAGAUGGUGAGUCCAUUAUGAAUGAAAUGGUUGCCCCAUUCUCUCUCUCUGUCUCUCUCUUCGUUGUUGAGAGCUUCAAAAUUUUGUGAUAAUGCCGCAAAAAUUUGUUGCACUUUUCUCGUAAGCAGCCUAAUAAAUUAUCGUUAAAUGUUAAUCAAAUGCUCGGCACCAUUCUCGAGCAACCUAAAAAGACUUGGACUUACUCUGAUAAACAUACCUUAGUUUUCCAGUAAUAUACAAUCUAACUUAGUCUUGAGGCAUUUCGCGUCACGGUAGAAUUCUUCUGUCGAUGGUAUAUAUGAACUCGUGACCGCUACGCUUAUUUAAACACCAGCAACCUGAAAAUAACUAUAUUUACUAGCGGUAGGUAGUAAAUAUCUUCAAAAUAUUUUUUUCAAAUUUCCCUUGCAAAAAGUAUUUUAUGGCACAUUUAAAGGGUACAGGCAAGAACCUAUAUGUACAUACACGUCAGUUCCUGCUUCAUGCCCUAACUUAACCUAUUUUCUUCUUUUCCCCGAUAGAGUCCCUGUCUUGACAAGACAAAUACAUGCUUCGAACUAGCUCAAGAAGACUGCACAAAAAAGUUAGAAUGUACAGUGUGCAGCAAGUACUGCAUGAAUGAAGAUCCAAACCCACCGUCCUACUGCGCAGCUUUCUAG